UCCAUUUCCGGAAAGUUGGUCACUACAAUGGCGACUGUGCAGCACCGCGGCGAAGGGCCUCGGGCUGGAGCAGGAGCGGAGGAGAAGGCAAACCGUGGGAAAAGUAACACUGUCUCCAACAGCCCUGGAGAAGGAGGAGAAGGAGGGGGUCUGGGGAAACGGUCAGCCAGCAAGGAUGAGCUCCAGAACCAGCCGGCGCCUCCUAAAAUCCCCAAACCGGGCAUCAGUAGCACUAAGAAGGCUGCUCCUAUUUCCAUCAAGCUAGGAGCUAGUAAACCGAAAGAAGUGCCGCCUCCUAUACCCACCAAAAAACCCGCGUUCGUUUUCGAUGACGACGACGACAGUGAACCAGAGGAGAUGCCUCCAGAGGCAAAGAUGAGGAUGAAGAACAUUGGAAGGGACACCCCGACUUCAGCUGGGCCCAACUCCUUCAACAAAGGCAAGCAAGGAUUCUCCGACCACCAGAAGCUCUGGGAGAGGAAGCUCAAAGCGCAGACGGACCAAUAACUCCAGCCGUUCUGACUCUUUCGACAGACUUUACUUUUUGUAAAAUAUACAUGUACAUACGUGAUGAGGCUUUCCCACUCUGGCGCCACUUUUUAUCCUGUGUGUGAUUGUUGUGAUUUUUAUUUUUUGUUUUUCGUUUUCCUUAACCACAGAAUCAUGGCCUUUCAUUAACUGAUGUGGACGGCUCUGACAGUGAUUCAUAUAUAUUUUUUCCAGAUGUACCACAGUUAGCUUAUUUGAUCUAUAGUAGUACAAAAUACUGAUUAGUCAGAUAUUAUUAUUAUUAUUAGCAAUAAGGAAAUAGAUUAUAAAACAUAGAGUUCCUGAAGCUGGUCAGAUGUGUGGCGUCAACAAACUAUAUAUAGAGUGAGAGUAUGCGUUCUAUUUGUUGUGUGAUGGUUCUUUAGGGAAAGAGAAUUAAAUCUAACUGAUGAGAU